AUGAUGGCCGGCAAAAUAUUUUCGCCUUCACAAGUGCGGUCACCCUUUCGGAAUUCCUUAUCCGUACUCAUGUCUUCCUCUGACCUAUCAACGGAAGUUCAUCCCGACACCGCCCCGGCUUUACUUCAUGGCCUACCGGCUUGCUUUGUUCAUGGGAAUCCUAGAUUCUCUCCGACACUUUUGGGGCUCAAUGGGCCUGACGAUCGCGUUCGAUCUAAAACUGUUGAUUCAUAUUCACGAAUUUCUAUGGAGGUCCCAAUGAAUCUUGGAUGUCUCCAUAGCUCUGCUGUUGAAGGUGAACUCCAGGACGUUCCGCUUGAUUCUUUGAAUUCGCCCGAAGUUACUCUACCGAAUACCCUUAGCCCUAUGACGUCACCGUCAUUUUGCAGAACGUUAUCCGCACCUUCCUCGUGUACCCUAGAAUCGCGAUUCUCCUUGAUUAGAUCUCGAACACAUGUGAAGCACAGUUCAUCUACUGCUAAUGAACAUUGCUCGGACAUCACUACGAGUGACAGGCACAAUAAAACUAGUCUCAAUUUACCAAGUCUUGAGGAUGGGCUCUCCAGUGGGAGUGAUACAGAGAAUCUUGGUGACCUGUCUGACACUUGGCCACCCGUUAGAACAGGUGUAGUCAGCUCAUGUACUCCGACCUCUUUAAAAUCCGCCUCUCUUAUCCCGCCCACAUCAGUGGCUGCAGACUUUUCACGAGGGUCACUGGUCCAUCCUCCUGUGGUUCAGGACAUAUGGGGAAUCAUGAACGAGUUGAAGCAAACCCUAGCUGAUGACCACGCUAACUUGAAUAAACCUGUUUAUGCACCAGGCACCCACCCAAACUGCAGUAGAUCUGCAUGUAAUGAUCGAAGCUCAGGUUCCACAAGCGCGGAUUUUAAAGUGCCCCAGCGUAGCUCUCAACCGGAGGCGUCUUAUUCCUCUCCAUCUACUGCUACCAAUGGUUCGACAUUAUCGGACAGAGGAACCUGCUCCAAGCUAAUCGUCCAAGCGAGUGUCGAGCACACACUGGAAGAGCCGCCAUCUGUUCGCUCUUUAGGUCAUUCGGAUUUAAAAGCGAUACAUCCCACCGUCAGUAGACAAACUUAUCCAACGUUUCCUAGUCCUCCCACUGAACGAAGCGCACAUCAGUGGUCGUUUCCAAUUCACUCAAACACGGUGUACAGCUCAAGUGAAGAUGAGUUGAGGACAAACGUAUCUGAACCCGGUUGCAAACCUGUGGACGUUAAACAGCAGCGCACACUGCGUGAGUUGGCCUCGGGCAGGGUGUUCUCUACUCCGGUUUCCAAUCCCCGCGCAGUCACUUCCAUUAACACUACUCCUACGGGAUUGCUAUGUGCUAACCGCCCUCGGUCGAUGUUACCUAAUCAUUUAGCCUCGCGUCGCGAUGGCAACCCCGUCACGGUUUUCCGGAGUAGCUAUGCCGAACAUUCUGUGCAUUCUGAGGAGUUCGACAGCGACGAGGAUACUGACCAACUUCUGGAGAGACAGUAUCAAUCGAACAAGUCCGUUUACAUUCCUGAACUGAAACAUGAGGCUAACGCGCAGGCCGAACGUCGACAUCAAAUGCGAGAAGUACAAAAGAUUCGUGUUCCACCCAAGAUGCGGUGCGCUGCCAUGGAAUCCACUAAUCGGUGUUCUACCGUUGUCGUUCUCUAUCUCAUCCUGCCUGCCGCAAACACUCGUCCGUGA